AUGCCGGUCCGCGGAACCAGGGUUGAAGAUGAACGGGUUCGUGCCGGUGGCGCUCGAGGGACUCUCGUGCGCUCCGAGCUGGAACGCGCUGAAUCCCUGUCAGGGGCACAUGCUAGGUGUGGGUACCGGCCAGAUACGCAAAAUCAAGUAAUUUUCGAGAAACCCAAUUCAGAAAGUCUCGCACGAUUUCUCCUCUUCGUCAAUAUGCUUUCGUUGUUCGGUGCCUACAUCGGAAAACAUGGAUCAGAAAGACUUCGAUCGGUGGGCAGCGGCCGGGGGAGGGGCGAGCUAACUGCUGUCCUGAAUCUUCGGACCCAGCAUCUGUCAGGUUGA